AUGAUUUUAAUGAAACCACAGGGGUGCAUUUUGUGGGUUCUUGUGGCGGUGAUUAUUUUCUUUGGACAAGUGACAUUAUCACAUGAUAAUUACAUAAUUUUAAUGCCAUUUCCUGAUGUAUCACAUAUUGUAGAUAGUAAACAGAUUGCUAGAGCCAUUUCCAUUAUGAAUAUUACUAGUCAACCUGAUCAUUUAUUUAUUAUCAAUACUAGUGAUGAGAGACAAGUUGUCGAUCAAAAUAAUCAAAAUUAUUCAAUGAUUAAUAUCAAGGAUUAUUCUCCAUAUCACAAUGCAAUCAAAGGAAAUUUAAUUGAGAGAGUAAGAGCAUUGGUUAGUGAUUCUCAAAUGACAGAUAGAUAUCAAGCAAUGGUUGGAUAUUAUUUUGAUAUUUACGAACCAACAAUUAGAGGAUUGGAUGAAUUAUUCGAAACUCAUCCUCAACUUUCUACUAUAGAUCCAUCAAAACUCUUCUUUGUCAUUGAUGGCAUCUACUCACCAGCAAUUGAAUGGUCAAGGAAAAGAGGAAUCAGACAUAUUACAUUGGCAAACACUCUCAUUCUCAUUCCACAUCAAUAUAAACCAAAUAUUUUCCCACGAAUGAUUUAUGAAAGAACUAGUUUGAGAAGAGGAAGAGAAAUUUUGGAAAAUGAAGGAAUUUUGAAAUUCUUUAUGAAUAGAAUUGAAGAAAAAUUGUUGAGAUUCUUUGAUUUUUUGAGGAAUGUUAUUUCAUUAUCGAAUAGAUUGAAUGAAGUGAGAAAAAAUUUGGGAUAUGAAUCUGUUAUGGGACCAUUUGUUGAUAGUUCUGAUAGAGCUUCUAUUUAUUUUUCACUUCCUGGAUUCGAUUAUGCCACACCUCUUCCUGUAAAUUAUCAUCUUGUUGGAUUUACUAAUACCAUUGUUGAUAAUACUAAACUAAACGAAAGGGAUGAAAUUGUUGAUGGUUGGAUGGAAAGAAGCAAUGCGAAUCAAAUAAUUUAUCUUUCAUUUGGUACAAAGGCAAGAUUAUCUAUCAAUCACACUUGUGAUUUUAUUAGAAAUAUUCUAUCAAUUAAUUCAACUUAUAAUAUUUUGAUUUCUGAAAGAAUUAACACUUGGAGUGAUUUUGAAAAAUGUAGAGGAAUUCUUCCAGAAUGGAAAAACCAAGUUUUAGUUAGACCUUGGUUAAAUCAAGCUAAGGUAUUGAGUAAUCCGAAAGUUAAAAUUUUCAUUUCACAUGGAGGAGCUCAUUCCCUAUUCGAAUCCAUUGAAAAUCAAGUUCCAAUCAUGUUAUUCCCUCAAUUUGCUGAACAAUUCCUGAACAACAUUCGAGCAGAAGAUUUAGGUUUUGGAAGAGCAAUUUAUGAUCCAGCCAAUUCAGUUGAAUUUACAAAACUAUACAAUGAAUUGAUGGAAAAUACAAAAAUCAAAACAAAUUUGAAAAAGUGGGACAAAAUUAAUCAAUUUCACACUCAACAUUUCACUCAACUCGCUCAACACAAUCAAAUUUCACCAAAUUUAUUAAUGGCCGCCAAUGUAAUUGAAAAUAUUAUUGAAAAUGGUGACGAACAUUUAAGAUCAACUGAGAAACAACUUUAUUUUAUUGAAACAAUUGAUAUUGUGCAUUUACUUUUACUUUUAUUAGUAUUGCCACUAUUGUUAUUUCUUUCAAAGAGAUUUUUAUUGAGAAGAUCAUGA